AAGCCCCUGCACUACGGGAGCCUCCUGGGCAGCAGAGCUUGUGCCCAGAUGGCAGCAGCUGCCUGGGGCAGUGGCUUUCUCAAUGCUGUCCUGCAGACUACCACUACAUUUUCCCUUCCCCUCUGUCGAGGCAAUGCUGUGGACCAGUUCUUCUGUGAAAUCCCUCAGAUCCUCAAGCUCUCCUGCUCAAAUGCCUACCUCAGGGAAGUUGGGGCACUUGUGUUUAGUAUUUCUUUAGCCUUCGGUUGUUUUGUUUUCAUUGUGGUGUCCUAUGUGCAGAUCUUCAGGGCAGUGCUGAGGAUGCCCUCUGAGCAGGGCCGUCACAAAGCCUUUUCCACGUGCCUCCCUCACCUGGCUGUGGUCUCCCUCUUUCUUAGCACUGUCAUGUUUGCCUACCUGAAGCCCCCUUCCAUCUCCUCUCCAUCGCUGGAUCUCGUGGUGGCAGUUCUGUACUCAGUGCUGCCUCCAGCAGUGAACCCCCUCAUCUACAGCAUGAGGAAUAAGGAGCUCAAGGAGGCACUGAGGACGUUAUUGCAAUAUUCAGUAUUUCAAAAAGGAAAUGGUCUUCUGCAUCUGAUUCCCUGA